UUCCCUUCUCAAUUCAGUUACAAAACCACCAACUUUCUCUCUCUACCUUCUCUGCAAAUAAUUCCCUCUCUCUCUCUCUCUAAACCCUUGAUUAGGGUUUCAACAUAACUAGAAUCUCACCAACACACACUAAAAGGUAAAAGAAAGGAAACGAAAAAGAGAGGUGGGGGGCUUGAAUUUGUACCCCACCCCAAAAAGAAAAAAAAAAAAAAAAGAAGAAGAAAUCACAUGCAAAACAACAUUUUUUUUUUCUGCUGCAGGAGAAGUCCAGCGUUUCUGAGUUGGAGAAGUUAAAGCCCUGUGGGUGUGCGGGAGAGCGGAGUGAAAUUGAUAGGGGUGAGGAAAUGACUGCGCGUGUGGGUGGCGGUGUUAGUGGUGAGAACGGUGGAGAGAUGGUGGUGGAGAGGCAGACGGGGGCAUCGAUGAUGGAGCAGUUGGUGCCGGAGAUAACUACGCAUGCCCUCAGUUACUUGGAUUAUCCGAGCCUCUGUCGUCUCUCAAUGACGAAUUCACUCAUGCGCAAAGCAGCCAAUGAUGACAAUGCGUGGAAGGCGCUCUAUCAUAAGGAUUUCACUCUGGAGCAAGACAGUGUGAUACCAGCCAAUGGAUGGAAAGCUUAUUAUGCAGCUACAAGAGCUAUUGUUAAUAUCAAUGCUGAAUUUUUUAGGAUAGUCAAGGAAAGGUCGCUUCCAGCUAUGGGCCAGCUUUGGCUUAAUGCAGAUUAUGUUAAGUGUUUUCAUGCAACUGGCGAGUCAUUUAGUGGUUAUAAUGCAGUUAUGGGGAGCUGGCAGCUAGCAUUUACCUGGGGCAAUGUUGCUGAUUUCCAGAUACGAGAUGUAAGGGCCCGUGCCCUGGCAGAUGUGGCUUGGGUUACCAUGAAAGCUUAUGUCGACAUGGAGAACGGCCCAUAUCUCAUGACAAAUGUGUACGAGUACCAUAAUGGUAGGUGGUAUAUGGUGCACCAUCAUAGCUCAGCAAUUCUCAUACAUGGAGGAGGUGAGCAACAUCUUAUGCAGGGAUAACAGAACAUUGCUGAGAUCAAAUCUAUGUUAAUGAUGAAAUUCACAAGCGGUACAGUUUUGAGCCUAAGUUAGAAAUGACUCUAAGAAAUCAUCAAAAUGAUUUCUUGGGAGAUCUUAUGUACUUUCUCCAUUUAAAAGCCCCCUGUUGAGGAACCCCAUCUAUAUCUAUACUUGGAGUUGGGGCCUUAGGUUUCUCAACACAACACUUUUAUGCAUGCACAGUUGCAAUUUUUUGCUUUUUGCUUCAA